AUGGCGCUUACCAGUGAGGAAUUGCAUGCGCUUUCAAACCUAUUGCCUUCGUUAUUGCUGUUGUUCGUGCUAUCCUGCAUUGCCAGUGCUGUGAUUCAUUUCCGUCCAUCAUUGCAAUCAUUCGAGCUGCAAAAGUUGAGAAGUUCACUCCACAAAGAACUCCAAACUUGGUAUUCAAAAGUCAGUACCUUAGCAAUGAGAAACACCAACAAUCUUCUCAAGUUGGUUGAAGACUUGUGGUGCAACUCACUUCAGGUGGCUGGCACUGCUGCAAACGUAUUUCUGGGGUCGCUCAGAGACUUGUCCAAAUCACUGCAAGUGGCUGGGAAUGCUGCAAUCUGUCUUUGCAAACGAACCAAGAAAGAUCCAGCAGAUGAUCUGAUCUGUCCCAUCACAAGAGAGCUGCCCUGGGUCCCUGUGAUUGCUGCGGAUGGAAGAACCUAUGAAAAAGAGGCCAUUGAGACCUACUUCAAGACACAGCGGGAAAAGGGACUAACAGUCAAGUCAGUUAUCACCAACGAGCCAAUGUCUGACACUCUGAUCCCAGCCCCACACAUCAAAAGCUUGAUUGUCACAUUGAUUGAGAACCAAGCCAUCCAGGGUGAUGUGGUUGAAUUCUGGCAUGAAAAAGCCCAGCAAGUGAAGCAGAAGGAAUCAUUGCUACAAAGGGCGAAUGAUGGUGACAGUGAGGCCAUGUAUGCAGUAGCCGUCUACUGCAAGGGUGGCAUCAAAGGCUUUCAGAAAGACCCACAGCUGGCCUGUGAAUGGUACCGAAAGUCACAUGAAGCUGGCAAUGUGAAAGGAACUGCGGGUCUUGGGGUGGCAUUUGUUAAAGGAAGCACCAUAACGAAGUCCCAGCAGCUGGGAAUCCAUUACCUGACUGUGGCUGCAACUGCAGGAUCAGAUUUUGCUGCUCUUGAGCUUGGACUUGCCUUUGCAAAUGGACGCAUUGGUGUGCCUGUGAAUGAGAAGGAAGCGAUCUUUUGGUUGCAGAAGAGCUUGGGAGUUUGUACGCACUCACACAUGGCCAAGGAUUUGACACUGAAUGCCCAAAAGCUAUUGGACAAACUGUUGAAAAUUCAGAAUACAGAGAAGAAGGCAUGA